UUUCUGUUUGAUAAAGCAGUUAUUUACCGUUAGAAAGAGCCAUAGUCCAAUUAAUCUUUUCCAUCGUUGUACAUGUACAUUAACGUGUAUAACCCUAAACUUAAAAGAAAGGUCCUUUUUCGUGUACAGGCAAUCGCGUAAAAUUCAGAAGAGUGGCUUCGUUCGAUGAGGAUGUUAAUUGUAUAUGAAAAAUCCCAAUUGUUUUUUGCGUUUUAUUAAUGAGUCUCUGCUUUCCCCCUGCAUUCGUCAGUGUUCAAUAUCAAUUGAACAGAAAUACAUCCGUUGUUUGACAGAUGACGGAUCAGAACCAGACAACACAGACAACACUAUCCUGACGAGAUAACACGGGUGUCAGACAUGGAGAGACAAGUGGCCUUAUUCUCGGAUUUUUGGACUAUUCUCGGAGCUUCUUCCAUUCUUUCACUUUGCGCGUAUGCAGCCACACGUGCACUGUGGGGGAGACGGUACCGUCUACCCCCGGGGCCCUGGGCGUGGCCAAUUAUAGGCAAUCUCCGACAGCUGAAUGGUAAAGAGGGAUUUUACCACUAUGUACGUAGAUUUAGAAAAACUUACGGCGAUAUAUUUAGAUUGAAAAUGGGUGUCCAUGAAGUGGUCUUUGUGUUUGGACAUCAGCACGUUCAAGAAGUCUUGUGCAAAAACGGAGCUUUGACCACAAGACGUCCGAACUGGAUGUACAUUCCAAAUAAGAUCUUCAAAGGAAAAGGUAUUAUAUGGAGCAACGGUGAUACAUGGAAGGCUUUGCAAGACGUGCUGAAGUCGGCACAGGAAGAUUCUCGUGUGGUUACGUCUUUACAGCGCUAUCUAGCGGCAGAGUAUGACGUAUUCCAGUCACAUGUCAAAGACACGUCGUCUGCCUACGAUCUGGAAUUUCUUAUCAGACAGACCUCUUUCAACUUUCUUUCUGCUUUCCUUGUGGGAAAAAGAUACAGUUACAACGACCCCGCUAUGAUUGAAAUCCGGGACAGACUGGCAGAAUUAGGCGCCUCCACAGCCUCAGCUAACCCGGAAAACUAUCUUCCAUUUUUGGCCAGUUUUGAGCGGACUAAAUUUCAAACAGCCGCUGAUAAUCAUGAGAUUAUAUUCAACCGGUUCCGGGAGAUAAUCAAGGAGAAGAGGGACACUCCCAAAGAUCCGCCGACAGAUUUCCUUCAGUUCUAUUUAUCAAACUUCGAACAGGAAGGCUCAAAAAAGGAUAUUUCCGAAGCCGACCUAUUACAAACUUUGAUUGACAUGUAUUUUGCUGGAAAAGAUAAUCUAUUACUGAGCACAAAAUGGAUACUGAUGGCGCUGGUGAAGUACCCGGAAGUUCAGUCUAAAUGUAGAUCGGAAAUACAUCAGGUGUUUGGCCGAGGUCAGAGAGUGCAAUCCCAGGAUAGGUCAAGGACGCCUUUCACCCUGGCAACCAUCAAAGAAAUCCAAAGACUGUAUUCUCCGGUGACCUUUACGGUGUUCCACUAUCCGGAAAAGGACAUCCAGGUUGGGGGAUAUGAUAUCCCAAAAGACACGUUCAUGAUGAUCGAAUGCAAAGCUCCGUGCCGGGACAAACAGUUCUGGAAAGAUCCUGAGGAUUUUAAUCCGGACCGCUUUAUUGGGUUAGAUGGAGAGCAAAAACUACCUCAGGGAUGUUUCAUGCCUUAUGGAGCAGGACCACGAUACUGCAUAGGAAAAUACGUAGCAGACAUAUUUAUGUACUCUCUUGUGGCCAAUCUUCUACAGAACUUCAAGAUUACAACCAAACACCCAGAGCAACCGUUGUCUUUUGAAAACGCUUUCAAUUUGUUCGGUCUCCAACCACUGCACUUUUCAGAAAUUACCUUAGUGCCUUUGGAAUGAAUCUAGACAACGCCACACCGCUGUGUAUUUAUAACUGCCAAAAAUCAAAUGUCAGAUAUUUUUCAAGGAAGCAUAUGAAUCAUAUCAUAGAAAUCACUACAUGUAUUUGACCAAGCCAAAGCUAGGUCGUUCAUUGUCUAUGUUAAUGUUAUGUACAUAUUUAGAAAAGUGACAACUAACAUAUACGUAUAUUUUUUAAUAUUUAUAGAUAUUGUACUAAAGUCUAGUAUAGUGAAUAUCCGGGUUUUCCGUAGGAAUCCGGUUAUUGAAGUUCGGGCGGCCAAAAGAGUACCCCUUUUGUAUGUAUAACUCUUUCUACAAUUUUCUAGAAAGGACAUUUUUGUUUUGUAGAUCAAUUGUACAUAUAUCAGAGAUUGCAUAUUACUUUGAUGUUGAUUUUUGAUAAUUUUUGCGAAAAAGUACCAGUUGUUGUACUUUGUAGGUUUUUUUU